AUGUCGGAAGAGAAAGAAAUUCCCAAAUAUGAACAGAAGCCCGUUGAUCCUAGCUUUGACGAGGGUCUAGGCAUGACUUCUACCACCACAUGGUCUUCCCAAUUCGCUUCUCUCUGCAUAUGUCGAAGAGCUGCGUUUGCCGCUUUAGCAUGCUCUUCGGCAGCAGUACUCAUUGGCUAUGAUAUGACUUUGAUCGGAUCUAUCAUUGCUAACACUGAGUUUGUCAAGCAAUUUGGUCGUUUUAAUGAGGCGGACGACGAAUGGUUUCUACCUGCGGACGAGCAACUCAUCUGGAGCCUAGUGCAAUAUGUGUGUGCUAUGGUUGGUGCCAUGAGCUCAGGCCAGAUUAGUGACAUGGCAGGCCGCAGGCUCAUCUUCUACCUUCUUGUCGGAUGUACCAUUAUUGGUACGAUAGUGGAGAUGUUUUCGACCGACUGGAAAGUUUGGACUGCUGCAAAGAUUCUAUUCGGCUUCGCCAUGGGUCUGAUGCAGGGCAUAGUCCCUGCUUACGUUGCCGAGCUCUCUCCCAGCCACGUUCGCGGAUUUCUGCUGUCCCUUUUCCAAUUCUGGAUCAUGUUUGGCUCGUUCUUAGCGGCAUGCGUCAUGGAAGGAGCUUCUCACGUAGAAGGGUCUUGGUCCUGGAAGGGUCCGGUCAUCUCCCAAAUCGUCCUGGGCUCGAUAUGUACUGCCCUGUUCUUCCUCCUCGUCCCUGAGUCACCUUACUACCUUGCCUCUAAGUCAAAGCUAGACAAGGCACGGCAGGCUCUGUUAACACUGAGAGGUCCAGAAUUAGGCCACAAUGUCGAUGAUGAUCUUGCUACGAUCGUUGCAACCCUACAAAAUGAAAGACAAGGAACAAACGGAUCAGUGUCGUACCUCGACUGCUUCAAAGGUACAAACUUUCGGCGGACUCUGUUGGCUUGUUUGCCAAUGGUCAUGCAGCAUUUUCUCGGCUACCCACUUUGCGGCAACUACUUGGCAUACUUCUUGACACGAUCUGGCGUACAAAACUCAUUUCUGAUCACUAUGAUUUCAUUGAUCUCAGCGAUGUUGGCUAUCAUCUGCGCUUUCGGUCUUAUUGAGCGAGUGGGAAGACGACCCCAGUAUCUGUUCGGAACCUUUGCUGUCCUUCCAUGCUUGCUUUGCAUUGGCAUCCUUGGGUUCCUACAGAACUCAGGACCCGUGCUCAAAGGUGUUGCAUCACUUUGCAUCAUAUGGUCAUUCCUCUGGUAUCUAUCUGUGGGAGCUGUUGGGUGGACGUUUGUGGGCGAGAUCUCAUCUUCUUCUCUACGGCCGAAAACAACAUCCAUCGCGGCGACGAUCAAUUCGCUGGUCAAUAUGGGCUGGUCAAUCGCUAUCCCAUAUCUAGUGAAUAGCGAGCAUGCUAAUCUAGGUCCGAAGGCAGCCCUACUGUUUUUUUGGCCAAGCCUUCUGUUUGCUACUCUGGUCUUCUUCGUGAUGCCGGAGACGAAAGGAAAGAGCUUUCAGGAGCUAGACGAGCUUUUUGAGAGGAAGACAUCGGCGAGGAUGUUUUGA